AUGCUGACUACAAGUGAAAAGGGGAGACUCCAGGAAGCUCUAAACUCUUACAAGUCUUGUAAGAGUUACAGCCGAACAUUCAGGAACAAGCUUCGCCACACUGGUUUGUUCGUUGGACGCGAUUUCAAGGAAUUGAUUCAAGUCCUGCCUGGAAUUAUGAGCAAGCUCUUUAGUGACAAACCAUCGGCAAGUUUGUUCAUUAAAGCCUUGCAUGCAUUAGGCCGCCUGUCGUCUUUGGUGUACAUGCGUGGAGUCGACCGGUGCUUCGACUACUAUAUUGCCCAGAUAAAACACGCUGUCACUGAUGUAACGGAUCUGCUUUUUCAACUGGAUGUCCAGAUUCUCCAAAAAGGAUUUUCUAAGCAAAACUUCACGUUCAAGCCAAAGGUCCACCUUCUGUAUCAUAUCACUGACGACAUUGUUUGUUUCGGUUCCGUGCUGCAAUACGAAACUGAAAACGGUGAACAGUUCAAUAAGUUCAUCCGCGAACAUUUAUUCAAGACCAACCGCCAUUCCACCUCUCGAGACGUCGCUACAAGAUUCGGCAAGCAAUUCAUCUGUCGGCAUCUUUGUAAUGGAGGAUCGUAUGUCGUAGAGAAACCAGCUGGUAAUGGAACAAGAUCUGUGAGAAGUUCAAUUGGUGAUUUUGUCAAGCUAGCCCCUGUCAAUUUCCCAGGCUUUAAUCUCCAUUUCUUUGGUUCUCGUGUCAACAGUGACAAUUCCGGGUUGUCGACUCCCACUUUGUGCGAUACACUUGCAGGUGUUUUUCAAUCAAAUGGUCAAUUAUUCCUUGGUCAGGUAAAGAUCGUUCAAGCAAGAGACUCUGCAGACAGAAUGAGGAAGGCGUUCUUUAUGCAAAAGUACCAAAUUGUUCCGAACAGCAAUGUAAAUUGCAUCUAUACCCCAGCCGUGGUAAUGGACAAUUACAACAACAUUGUGGUUCUGCCCCUUGGAGGCCUGGUUGAAGUCAACAAAGAUGACAUCAACAUCGUUCAGGCUGUUGAUAUUCACUUGUCCGUCGGGUCUUCCAAUAACCAAAAGUUCCUCAACGUUGCAAAAUUCGGCAUGUUCUGGUGGAUGUUGAUGAACAUUGCAAAAAUCUAUUAA